UCCGCUGGAAUCCGAUGUUUUCGUACUAAACCAUUAUUAUAUCUCGACUAAACUACGCGCCGGGGAUUACGAAACAUCAUUAAUGCGAGCGACAGCGGGCGAGUCGAACGCAAUAACUUUCCUAGACCGGCUGUACAGUGCUAGUGCGUGAGUUUGGUCGGUUUUGACAGCAAUGUCGACAGCACUGCUGGCCGCUUUCGCUGUGAUCCUCUGCAUCCUGUUCAGGAUACUUAACGUGAACAGCCAGCCCCAAAAACCGUCGAUAUGGUGCGGCGACUACAAAUUCAUGGACACCAUCCUUAAAAUCUCGCCCUUACUCAACGAACCAUACAUUCCAACAAGACUGUGGGGCUUUAGUGGCCACGUACAAACGAUAUUGCACAGUGCGAUUGGUCGUAUACGAUGUCCCUGGCCAAUAGGAGAGCGUGUCAUUCUUAAUUUAAAAGAUGGCACCACCCUCACCUAUGAUUUAUAUCAACCCCUCGACACUAACUUUCCAGACGACAUAAGCAUCGCAAUCUGCCCGGGCAUCGGCAACACCUCAGAGAGCGUGUACAUAAGGACCUUCGUGCACUGGGCUCAGUGCCACGGUUACCGUUGCGCCGUCCUGAACCACGUGGGCGCCCUGAAGUCGGUGCCCGUCACCUCGCCGAGGAUAUUCAGCUACGGCAACACCAACGAUUUCGAGGCGAUCUUGAAGAACAUCGUGAGAAAGUACCCGAGCACCAAGGUGAUAUGCGUCGGGUUCAGUCUCGGCGGAAACUUGGUCACGAAGUAUUUGGGCGAAGAUAGGAAAAGACCGACGCACAUCAUCGGCGGGAUUUCCGUCUGUCAAGGAUACAAUGCCAUAGAGGGCACCAAGCUGCUGCUGAACUGGCAGAACUUCCGCCGCUUCUACCUGUACAUAAUGACGGAGAACAUGAAGAGCAUAAUCCUUCGGCACAGGCACGUUUUGCUUUCGGAGGACGUGAGCAAGCGCUACCAGCUCAAGGAGCAGGAGAUCCUGGCCGCGGCCACGCUCCCCGAACUCGACGAGGCCUACACGAGGCGCGUGCACGGCCUCAACUCCAUCACCGAGCUGUAUCAGUGGAGCUCGAGCAUCAACUACCUCGGCAACAUCAGCUUGCCCAUGGUGUUCAUCAACGCCAAAGACGAUCCCAUCGUUCCCGAAGUUUUGUUGGAACCCAUCAAGAAGUUGGCCCAGGAGAAACCGAACCUAAUGUACCUAGAGGUCGCUCACGGCGGUCAUUUGGGUUUUUACGAGGGCGGUCUCAUAAAUCCGAACCCUGUGACCUGGUUGGACAGGGCGUUGGUAGCCCUGGUGGGCAGUUUGGUUUUAAACCACGACGACAACGUGCUGAAAGCUUAAAAUAUAACCUUACAUAAUGCUUCUGUUUUUAUGUGUGUGUGCAUAUUUUUUAGUUUGCGGGUUCCAUUAUUUUGGGUCUGAUGUAAAAUUUAGCGAUUUCCAAAACUUAACAAUAAUAAUAAAUUGUGCUAGUCAAAAUUUAUUACCUAAAUGUUUAACCGUAUUGGACAGAUUUUUUUAUUUUUAAUGAAUUGCUCACUUUAGUUGGUACUUUUGAAAAAAUAAAUGUAUAGCAUGUUUAGAUUGUUAUGAUUGGUGUAAAAUAUUUAAAAACAUCUUUAAAACUUCAAUGGACAAUAUAUGUUUUGGAAUUUAUUGAAAAACAUUCCUCUAUUUAAUCCACUUGAUAAUAUAGUGGUACAAUUACCUACUAUUUUGUUUGUUUGUUUAUUUAUAAAAUAAUUUAUGGUGCAUAAAAAAAUAUAAAUAAUCCGAAAAUGCUGCCAUUAGGUGCUCAUAAAAAUCUAAAAAUGAAAAUGUAGGAAAACUACAAUAAACAUUGAAAUUGUGCAUUGUAAAAUAAUAGUAUUAUUUGGUAAUGUUUUGUAUCGCGGCUUUUUCAAAAAAAGGUGUUUAUUUAGGAAAACUAAUUUCAAGAAAAAUUUUAUCACAAAACUUAAAAAUAAUCAAAAUUAUUAAACAAUUUGGAUUAUUACUUUUGUAAAUGGGACAUUUCACCAAAUAUUUUCUUUACGCGGAUUUUUUUAAAUUUUGUGAAGUAUUCUGGAGUUCGAUAUUAUCCUUAAUGUGCAGUGCAUCGCUCCAUGAAAAAGUCUGAAAAUAGUUGACUUUAACCCAGGAGAGACAAAAUCCCAAGUCCCGAAAGAGACAAUAAAUAGUUUUGUCAAAAAAACUAGUUUUUCCACCUAGAAACCAUUUGUAAUUCAAAAUUGCGCGUUUGUGAUUGGUGGAAAUAGUCUAUAAAAAUACAGUACUUUUUUUGCGAUUUUUUUACACAAAAUUGUUAUUUUCACGACGUGGUUAUUUUUUCAAAUAAUUGAGGUUAUGCAUCUGUCAAAUUAACGCCAAUUUUGUCUUAUUUUCUGAAAAUAUUAUAAUAUACACAUUUUUGUACAACAUCUUAAGUUUAUGUUGCAAAAUAUACGUAUUAUAUUAUUUUCAGGAAAUAAGACAAAAUUUGCGUUAGUUUGACAGAUGCAUAACCUCUAUUAUUUGAAAAAAUAACCCCAUCGUGAAAAUUACAUAUUUUGUGUAAAAAAUUGUCAGCAUUUAGAAAAAUCGCAUUUUUCAUUUUGAUUGAAUUUUUGAGGGUCCUUGUUACUUAUAAUAAAGAAUGAAUAUUUUCAUUGAAAAUGUAAGAAUUUUUUACAAACAGUACUAUUGUUAUUUUAAAGAAACGUUUUUUACACAAGUUUUUGUGGUUGUAAAUAAAACUCUAUAAAAUACAAAGAGUGAUGUUUUUUUGUAAAAAAUUGAUUUUAUGCAUCUGUCAAAUUAACGCCAAUUUUGUCUUAUUUUCUGAAAAUAAUAUAAUGCACGUAUUUUUGUACAAACUUCUUAGUUUAUGUUGCAAAAUAUACAUAUAUUAUUUUUUAAAAAAUAACCACAUCGUGAAAAUGACAUAUUUUGUGUAAAAAAUUGUCAGGUUUUACAAAUAAUCGCAUUUUUCAUUUUGAUUGAAUUUUUGAGGGUCCUUCUUACUUACAAUAAAUAAUGAAUAUUUUCAAUUAAAAGUUAAGAUUAUUUUACAAAAAAUAGUACUGUUUGUAUUUUUAUAAAACAUUAUUAUAAAUAAAUAUCGUCAAAACUGGAAAAAUCUUUACUGGGAACGUACUUAAUAAUAAGUUAAAUAUUCGGUGGAAUGCCCCAUAUAAGUUUUUCAGAAAUAGUACAUUUUGAGCAGAAAUUAACCAAAGAAGCCACGAUACGAAACAUUUACCUGUUAUUUAUGUAAGGUGUUAAAGCACUGAUCCCCCACCUGUAUUAUUGUGAUAUGUAAUAAUAGUUUUAUUUUAGGAGAAACUAGUAGGUAUACUUACUACAAUAACUAACUUAUAAAAGUAUUAAUUAUAUAUAAAAAAACAAUAAAUCAAGGGGAACAACAAUAAUUGCUUGUUUAAUUUUAUUCCAUUGUAGGUUUACUAUAAAAACCAUUUUCCUAUCUACUGACCAAAUCUAAUGCGGAUGCCUUAGAUGUCGGUCAAACGUUGUUAAAGUUAUUUAUUUUUAUACCGACUUUUAUACAUUUAGUUAUUGUUUUACUAGUAUUUGUAUAUUGUUUUAUACAUAGCUUUUAUAGCAAUGUUUAUAUUAUAAAUGUGACAACUAAAUGAAUAACGAAAAUGUUAA